GAAAGUUACUACUUUUUGUUUACGUGCUUUCAAUCCCAUUUUUAACUUCCUGCGUAUUGAGUCUGGAAUGGUCCUGUGAAAUACGUGAUCAGUGUAUUAUCGAUCGUUUCGAUCCCAGAAAGAUAAGUCUAGGCUCACUACGAUCGCAACUACCAACGCGGCUAAAAUUUAUGCACUUUCGCAACUUCAAAGGGACCUCGAUCGGUCAUUCGAUAUUUAACCACAUUGAAGACACAAUCGCAAACGUGCAAAUUAGGAACUCGACAGUGUUGAGGAAAAUCAUUGUCCCAGGCAACGUUACGAUCAAACAACUCACUGUAGUGCAAACGCGCCUAGCUUGGAUUCACUUCCAGCCAAAUGACGUGAUCGAAGGGAUUUGGAUAACUUCCAGCCACCUGCAACAGAUACCACCGUCGCUGAAGAAUUUGAAAAACCUUGAAGUAAUCCGACUGCAGUAUUCUUACAUUCAGCAUCUUGAUUUGGAGUUGUUGAUUGAUUGUCGGUCUUUAGAUACGCUGGACUUGAUGCAUAACAAAAUCCACACGAUCACCAGUACGCUUAGCGAUGGCCAACGGCGUCGCCUCUUCUUGCUGGAUCUGAGCAACAAUCAACUCCAAACCGUUAACCUUGAGGUUCUUGCUCCCAUCGGAUGGUUUGUGUAUGUGGACUUAUCGCACAACAAAAUUAACCUGCUCGUUGGACGAUUUGCUGGCGAUGACAUGAGAAGUAUUAAGCUAUCCAACAAUCGUCUCAAAGUGCUUGACUUUUGUCAGUGGGAACCUGUGCCACGGUUUACUUUCAUAUAUUUUGGAUCGAAUGAGCUUUCCCACUUGCCCAACUGUCUUGACCGUUUCGCGAGCCUUACCUACGUAGGCUUCCAAAGCAAUAAGCUCAAGAGUGUAAGCAUGGACGUGUUUGGCGCGAUGGACAAUCUCACUACUUUGGAUCUAUCGUCGAAUGAGAUUUCACGCAUAGCCUUCCACGAAGAUCGACAUCCCAAACGAUUGUCAAGGCUUAUUUUGAGCAAAAAUAAGGUGGAAUGUAGCCACGAUAAUGACAUGCCGUUCUGUCCGCUGGAAAUUGAAUUUAAAUCAAGGGACAAGAAUAGUGACUGGGAACGAAAUAACAACUCUUUACGAGAGCAGCUAACGAUCGUUACUUAAAAUG